CCGUGACGCGGUUCUGAGCGCGGCGGCAGCGCGGGGCGAUGCGGGGCGCGGGCGGGACGCGGGAGCGGGACGAGCCCGGACUGGGCGCCUUCGGUCUCGGGCCUGCCCUCGUUACCUGCCCCUGGGGCUGCACGCUCGGCCCCGCCGGCUGGAGCGGCGCGCCUUUCUGCCCCCGGCACCGAAUGUCCAACUUCGCCGGCCUCCCGGUGCCGUCGCAGGGCCGCUCGCAGCCGGGGGACGAGUCGGGGGACGUGUGUUUCCUCUGGGACGACGUCCCCGGGGUGGAUUACUACCCGCUGGGGGAGGACGAUGACGACGGCAAUGACGAUUACGAUUACGACGAGGACGACGGAGGUUUCCAGUUCUUGGACCAUCCCCUGGCGGAGGGGGCCAUUCCCUACAGCUACUGCGGCUUCCGCAAGUCCUUCCUGUGCUCGGAGCCGCCUCCGCAGCUCCCCCGCACCUCUCCCACCGCCCUGGAUGCGCGGCUGGAGCGGCUGCCCACGCCCCGCCGCACCUGGGUCACGGCAGAGGAAGCCGAGAAGAACGCGCAGGAGCUGGUGGCAGAGGAGGAGCGCGCGAAGAGGAAGGCGGAGAAGAAGAAGCUGAAGAGGAAGAAACAAAAGGACCGAAAGAAACAAGAGAAAGUGGGUCAAGAGCAGAAGAACAAAGAGAACACUGACCCAAGUCCCCCAAGUGGCCCUGCAAGCACUGGGGCCCCCCCAAAUGGUGCUGAGGAUGAAGGAUGCAGCCCAGAGCCCUCCCCAUGCCCUGAGGACUCCACAGUCUCCUCAGAGGAGCCUGGCCUGGAGGACACAGCGGUGGCAGAGGAGGAGCUGGACCUGAGCUGCACUUUUGUCUGCAAAGCACGGGAGAAGGCGGGGGUCCGGCUGCCCCCUCCGGGCAGGGACCGUGCCCCCGGCACACAGAAGGUGGGGCCCAGCAGGAAGGUGCCAGAGAAGCCGAGUGGGUGCCCUGUGGAGACACCUGUGUCCCCCCAGCCCCUCAAGCCCAGGCCGCCCAGCCCCAACACGAUGAAGCAGAGCCUGGCUCUUGCAGGCCACGGCAUCGAGGCAGCCCAGAUGGGCCAACACACCGAGGCCGUGUGGGCCUUCACCGAGGCCCUGGAGCUGAACCCCCAGGAGCACCGGCUCCUGGGGAACCGCUCCUACUGCCUGGAGAAGCUGGGCCGGUACGAGGAGGCCCUGGCGGACGCGGAGGCGGCGCUGGCGCUGCGGCCGGGCUGGCCCAAGGGCACCUUCCGCAAGGGCAAGGCCCUGCGGGGGCUGCAGCGCUAUGCCGAGGCCGCGCGCACCUUCGAGGAGCUGCUGCUGCAGGACGAGGCCUAUACUGAGGCAGCCACGCAGCUGGAGGCCUGCCAGGCCCUGCUGCAGCAGUGCAGCCGCCCCGGGGGUGUCCCCGUGUCCCCCUUCCUGCUCAAGGCUAAGGAGCCGCUGUUUCUCCCGGCGGGAUGGGCGACCAAGAGCUGCCAGGACACAGGUGACAAAAGUGUGACAGCCGGCAGCAGGGCAACACCCACAAAAGACCCAGAACGGAGACCUGCUGUGGCCAGUGGCCACCCAACACUGCCACCGAGCCACCCCGCCAGGGACUGCUUCCCGCUCUGGGUGGGCAAUGUCACCUCCCACAUCAGUGAGAAGGUGCUGCGUUGUGCCUUUGGCCGGUUUGGGGAGAUCCGCUCCGUGCGGCUGCUCCCAGGGCGCCACUGUGCCUUCAUCAACUUCGCCGGGAGGACGGAGGCCGAGGAGGCCUUCAGGGCCAUGCAGGGUGCCACCGUGGAGGGCAGCAAGCUGUUGCUGCAGCUCAAGCACCCAGUCCACGCCACGCCAGCCCCCCAGCCCCGUGCCAAGGGCAGGGCCCCCCCUGGAGGGCUGCCCAGUUGACCCCGCUCUGCUGGGGGGGCUGCCAGGGUCCCCCCUCACCUGCCUGUGCCUUGUCCCCCCCUGCCGGGGGUGGGAGCGUGUCCCUCUCCUGCCUCGGGGGCGCUGGGGGUCGGGGCCCACCCUGCAGCCCUUUAUGCUGAGGAGGUGGGCCCGGGCUGCUCCCCGCGGCCCCUCAGGGAUUUGUACGGAUUGUGGUUUUUUAAUAAAACCGAGAUUUGUUUUUC